CCAGGCUGCGGGCUGGUUUAUUCUGCGGCCGAGGCUCACGUUAAUAUAUAUAGCGUCUCGCUCUCGCCAGAUCUUCCGCUCAGGCUCAGGCAAUAGGAGGGCUGCUUCUCAGUGUUUAACUGCACCUGCCUGUCCGAUUACCUCUGGGAAUCGGGGAGUGGCGGGGAGCCGGGAGGGUGGGAAAUGUUGCCUCGCCUUGCCAAAGGAAGAAAACUUUGUCACCCGGCGGGAGCCCGCUGCCACGCGUAGCCCGAGCCAGGACGGCCUCGGGCUUCGGUUCUGCCUCGGACGAUCCCGUAGGAGGAAGCGGACACGUGAACCCGGCGGUCCCGCCGACCGCCACCCGCGGCGGGCCCGAGGUCCCUGCCCCACCUCCCUCCCGCGGAAGUCCCCACGCGGUGUCUUCAGGCGGGAGGGGACAGUAAACAGCGCCCGCGGCCGACGGCGGGGGCCGGGCACGGGGAAGGAGAGGACCGAAUUCCAGGAACGGGUCACCCGGAAUUAACUUCGGCUUAAAGUUAUGGGAAGCGCGGCCAUGGACACCAAGAAGAAGAAAGAUGUUUGCAGCCCCGGCGGGAGCGGCGGCAAGAAAAACAGCAGCCAGAAGCGGCGUUCGCUGCGGGUGCACAUUCCGGACCUGAGUUCCUUUGCCAUGCCGCUCCUGGAUGGAGACCUGGAGAGUUCAGAAAAGCCUCCAUCUCGUAAGGUGGACAGCCCCUUCGGCUCGGGCAGCCCCUCCAAAGGCUUCUUCACCAGAGGCCCCCAGCCCCGGCCCUCCAGCCCCGUGUCUGCGCCUGUGCGCCCCAAGACCAGCCCCGGCUCCCCCAAAACCGUGUUCCCAUUCUCCUACCAGGAGUCCCCACCGCGCUCCCCACGUCGCAUGAGCUUCAGCGGGAUCUUCCGCUCCUCGUCCAAAGACUCCUCCCCCAGCUCCAACCCAUCCACCUCGCCGGGGGGCAUCCGGUUCUUCUCUCGCUCCAGAAAAAGCCUCUCUUCCUCUCCGUCGACACCCACCCAAGUGGCCAAGCAGCACAUGUUCCCUCUCGAGUCCUACAAGCACGAGCCUGAGCGACUGGAAAAUCGCAUCUAUGCCUCCUCUUCGCCUCUGGACACAGGCCAGAGGUUCAGCCCGUCCUCCUUCCAGAGUGCAGCCAGGCCUCCGUCAGCAUCGCCGACACAUCCUUCUCCCUCCAAAUCUGCGGCGCUGGCGGCGGCCCCGGGACCCGCGGAAGCCGGCAUGCUGGAGAAAUUCGAGUUGGAAGAAGAAGCAGAAGACUCAGAAAGUGGCGUUUACAUGCGAUUCAUGAGGUCACACAAGUGUUACGACAUCGUUCCAACCAGCUCCAAGCUUGUCGUCUUUGACACCACAUUGCAAGUUAAAAAGGCCUUCUUUGCCUUAGUCGCCAAUGGUGUUCGAGCAGCACCUCUGUGGGAGAGUAAAAAACAAAGUUUUGUAGGAAUGCUAACAAUUACAGAUUUCAUUAAUAUACUACAUAGAUACUAUAAAUCACCCAUGGUACAGAUUUAUGAAUUAGAGGAACAUAAGAUUGAAACAUGGAGGGAGCUUUAUUUACAAGAAACAUUUAAGCCUUUAGUGAAUAUAUCUCCAGAUGCAAGCCUCUUCGAUGCUGUGCACUCGUUGAUCAAAAAUAAAAUCCACAGAUUGCCAGUUAUUGACCCCAUCAGUGGGAAUGCACUUUAUAUACUUACCCACAAAAGAAUCCUCAAGUUCCUCCAGCUUUUUAUGUCUGAUAUGCCAAAGCCUGCCUUCAUGAAGCAGAACCUGGAGGCACUUGGAAUCGGGACCUACCAUAACAUCGCCUUCAUACACCCGGACACUCCCAUCAUUAAAGCCUUGAACGUUUUCGUGGAAAGACGAGUGUCAGCCUUGCCCGUGGUGGACGAGUCAGGAAAAGUUGUAGAUAUUUAUUCCAAAUUUGAUGUAAUUAACCUUGCUGCUGAAAAAACGUACAACAAUCUAGACAUCACAGUGACGCAGGCCCUACAGCAUCGGUCGCAGUAUUUCGAGGGUGUAGUGAAGUGCAGUAAGCUGGAGAUACUGGAGACCAUCGUGGACAGAAUCGUGAGGGCGGAGGUCCAUCGGCUGGUGGUCGUCAAUGAAGCCGAUAGUAUUGUGGGAAUUAUUUCCCUGUCCGAUAUCCUGCAGGCCCUGAUACUCACCCCCGCAGGUGCCAAACAGAAGGAAACGGAAGCCGAGUGACCCCCGUGAGCGGAGGAGCGCUCGCAGGAGAACUUGAACAAAGAUGCUGGGUCACGCUUUGCCUCAUGAACACGGACCGCGAUGAACACAGCAAAAAUGACUGAGAACAUGUGGUAUCAGGGUUUAGCGAUGGGUUGUUUUUUUUUUUUCCCAGUGAUGUUGACACGAAGCAUAAAAAGAGAAAGAUUGUAUGUGUUUGAAGAUUUCAAGCUUGCAUUAAAAGACUGUUCUCAGACCGCCGUCUGAAAGAUUUCAAAUGCUGUAUGUCAUUAAAGUGCACUGUGUCCUGCGUUUUUAUUCUUUUUCAUGUUAAAGAAGUCACUGGUAUCUUAACAGGCAGCAUGACAUAAGGCGAGUGUGUGGCCUAUUGAGAACUAGUGCCUUAUGUCGGAACAGCGGCCCAUCAUCCCCGCUGCCCGCGGCGGCCGGAACGUGUCCUGGCGAAGCGGCACUGCUGGAGUGUGAACGUCUCUGAACCUGUACCAAAUCAGUUUGUCUUCAUUCAGUUUGUUGACUAGCUGUAAUCUGAAUAUAAAUAAUUUACUUUAUAUAAAAUUUUAAUGAUGGUCUUACGUUUAAGUGUUCCAUUCUGAACCAUAGUGUAAAACAAGGCUGACUUACAGCAGCUUUAUUUAUUUUUUACUUCCAUGCAAUUUUUUUACACAUCUUUUUGGUGGGUAAACUUCACCGUACCCAUGAAUAAACCAUUGAUUGCUACUUUAAAAGGGCAGAUUUCUCGUCAUUUCAGUUCGGACCUGGAAAGGAUAAGACUUCUCAGAGAGCCACUGUUGGGUUUUAAAAGCUGACAUUUCUAACAGCAUGUGUGGGAACCUGCUCUGCAGGGCUGCAAACAAAGUGCCCGGAAGAUGUCUAUUUUUUUUCUUGUGUUUUGACAUGAAAAUCAUGUCUGUAUGACUGCUGAUGUGAUUGUUUUGUAAAUUUUACUGUGGCAUAUACAGUAUUGUCAUAUGGUUGAGGAGAAACACAAUGUUUCCUAGCGUAAGUGCUCUGAAAAUGUUGACACUGUGUGUGUGUGUGUGUGUGUGUAUACACACACAAGUAUAGUUUGGUUUUUUGUUUUUGGGUUUUUUUUUUUUUGCAGAUUGAAAACUUAAAAUAAAUCUUACUAUCUGC